CCGCGUCCCCUCCCGGUGGCGGCGGAGCGGAGCGGCGGAGCGGAGCGGGCGGCGGUGCGGGCUGCGGUACCACCAGCAGCGGCGGCUCUGCGGGGCCGCGCCGGUCUCGGCCACCCCCCGGACUCCCCUCCGGCUCUGCCCGUCCCUCCGCCUCCCUUCCCUCCCCACCCGCCCCGUUUGUUGUUUUGGGUUUUUUUCUGCCCCACACACCUCCCCACACCCCCCCGGCUCCAUUUCUCCCAGCAACGCCGCCCCCCGCCACCCCCCCCCCGCAGCAAGAUGGUGCAGAAGAAAUCAGAGAUCCCGGGGUUCCACCGCUCCUUCAAGGGACAAAACCCCUUUGACCUGGAGUUUGAUCAGUCCAACCACCUGGAGCCUGUCUUCAACUUCGAGUGCCCACCCCGUCCUGACAUGCCCUCAAGCCAGCCCAUCGAUAUCCCUGAUGCCAAGAAGAGGAACAAGAAGAAGAAGCGCUGCAGAGCCACCGACAGCUUCUCUGGCAGGUUUGAAGAUGUUUACCAGCUGCAGGAGGAGGUGUUGGGAGAAGGAGCCCAUGCCAGAGUCCAGUCCUGUGUCAACCUCAUCACCAACAAGGAGUAUGCAGUGAAGAUCAUAGAGAAGCGCCUGGGCCACAUCCGCAGCAGAGUGUUCCGGGAGGUGGAGAUGCUCUACCAGUGCCAGGGACACAGGAACGUCCUGGAGCUGAUUGAGUUCUUUGAGGAGGAGGAGAGGUUCUACCUGGUGUUUGAGAAGAUGAGAGGAGGCUCCAUCCUGACCCACAUCCACCGGCGGCGCCACUUCAACGAGCUGGAGGCCAGCGUGGUGGUGCAGGACAUCGCCAGUGCCCUGCACUUCCUGCACAACAAAGGAAUCGCACACAGGGAUCUGAAACCCGAGAAUAUUCUGUGUGAGAGCCCAGACCAGGUCUCCCCAGUGAAGAUCUGUGACUUCGACCUGGGAAGUGGCAUCAAACUCAACGGCGAUUGCUCUCCCAUCUCCACCCCGGAGCUGCUCACUCCGUGUGGCUCUGCAGAGUACAUGGCCCCGGAGGUGGUGGAAGCCUUCAACGAGGAGGCUUCCAUCUACGACAAGCGCUGUGACCUGUGGAGCCUGGGGGUCAUCCUCUACAUCAUGCUGAGCGGGUACCCUCCCUUCGUGGGGCACUGCGGCUCCGACUGCGGCUGGGACCGGGGCGAGGCUUGCCACACCUGCCAGAACAUGCUCUUUGAGAGCAUCCAGGAGGGCAAGUACGAGUUCCCCGACAAGGACUGGGCACACAUCUCCUUCGGAGCCAAAGACCUCAUUUCCAAGCUGCUGGUGAGAGAUGCCAAGAAGAGGCUCAGCGCAGCCCAAGUCCUGGAGCACCCCUGGGUGCAGGGGUGUGCUCCAGAUAACACCCUGCCCACUCCCAUCAUCCUGCAGAGGAACAGCAGUGCCAAAGAGCUCACCUGCUUCGCUGCUGAGGCCAUCGCCGUCAACCGCCAGCUGACUCGGCGCGACGAGGACGAGGAGGAGGAGGCGGAGGAGGAAGCACGACCCAUCAUCAUCAAAGCUACCUCACGGGCCAUGCAGCUCUCCCCCCCCUCCGAGUCCAAGCUGGCCAAGCGGCGGCAGAAGAGCAGCCUGGCCAAGGCGGUGGCCGCCGGGCAGCACCUGGUGGCCCCCCUGGUCCUGGUGGCCGACCAAGCCUGAGCUGUGCCACUCGUCCUGCUGUACCCCCACAUCGUCCCCCCCUUCCUCCUCCUUUUCUUUCUUUCUCCACUCCCCCUCUGCCCCCACCCCCCGUUUCUGUCCAGUGACAAGAUCAGACCUGGUCCCUGUGGCUGGUUUCCAAGGCUCUGCUGAUCUUGUAGCGCUGGGGUGGGGGAGGGGUCGUCGAGGAUCUCUCUUUUAUUUCGUUUGUUUGUUUGUUUUCUAUAAGGUAUUAAACCAAGCGUGAGGUGGCUUCACCCAGGGCACACUCAAGGACAUCUGACAGACACUCAGACUUUUUGUUUCCUGACUCUUGGUUUCUCCUCUGACAUUUUUCCACCCCCCCCUCCCUCCCCCCAGCCCUUACCCUCUUUUUCCUCCCUGACACCAAAGGACUCUUUGUGCCCCGGCGCUGCUCGGCCGAUUUCAGCUCCUUUCAAACUGUGAACAAAAGGCCCUCGGGAGCCACCUUUUACCCUCCGCCCUCCCCUUGUCGCUCCAGGUCUUUCUCCAAUCUUGGGGCAGCACCCACAAAACGCCCUGCUGCCCACCCCCCACCCCCUUCCCAGGGGUGGUCCUAGGUGCAGGGAGCCCCUCCCGUCCCACGCUCGGGGGCUGUGCCGCGUUAGGGGUGGGGCUGGGGGAUGUGGCAGACGUUGUGCAGGGAACCGCUGGGGCAGGGGAGAGACGGUGCCAGGGAGGGAGCAGUGCCCUGUUUGCACCAAGCCACCCUCUCUCCUUGGCACCCUUGCUUCCAGAAUAAGCUAUUCACCCCCCUCCUUUUUUUUUUUAACUACUAUUAUUAUUAUUGUUUUUGUUUGAAUGAUUGUUGGUUUUAAACUGCCAGCUGUGCUUCUCCACAGGGCACGGAGAAAAGUCUUCCUUCCCUUCCCAUGCUCCGGAGCUGGUGGCUCCCCGGGGGUAAGGUCAGAGCUGGGGGGGUGGUGCCCAGGUGUCUGGGGCUGUGGGCUUGCACUGGGUCAAGUGUUGGCACAC